AUGGAAGCAUCCAUACUGGACGUAGAUUUUAAAAAGCGAUUUUUUCGACAUUCAUACGAUGGUUCCAGAGAAACCAACGGAUUGGCAAGGGUGUUAAGGGCACCUUGGUGCAGCGCUUGCCAUCCCGAAAAGAAGGGAACCACGGGACAGUCCUGCCCCAAACUCCAUCAGGGAUCGACGACGUUUGCAACCAUUCCGCGCAGCAAAGGAUCCUCCGUCGAGUCGUCAGGUACAGCCAGCGUGAGCAGCGGAGGUGCAGCAAGCGGAUCGGCGGGAAGUUCGCGAGGACGUGGUCCGCUAGCGUGGACCCGGUCGCUGACAUCAAGCGGAAAAAAGGGCGAACUAGGACGGCAAAAAAGAGCGACAUCGGUCGCCUCGGUGGAGGUGGGGGAGGAGGCGGCGUUGGUGCAAACGCCGCCGUGUGCUCCCCCCGCGAAAAAUAAAAAUGAAAGACCAAAAUCAACCGGAUUUAACGAAGAACAUCAUCCUCGCCAAACCACAGUUUUCGAUCGAAUCGAUAACAUAGAAUUUAUCGAUCAAUCCGUUUCGCCUCAAGAUGUGUCCAAACUCAGCAAAGGAUAUCACACCCUGGAUCCGGACAACGACCUCAACGAUGUCCGAAUUCGUCCGGUGGACGACGUAUUCCGGACACCGCAGAACAAGCUACAAAAGAUCAAGGUUAAGAGCAAAACUACUGGCGCUAAGAAGAAGAACAAGAAAGUCAAAGCUCCUUCGGUUGAAGUUAUCGAGUCCGAAACAGGCCAGAAAUCGCCUCCUAAAGAGCAAAUUACAACAAUUAAAACCGUGAAGACAGACUCGGAAACUACUAAGAUUGUUACAACCACCACAAGCUUAAAUAGGUAUACAUUUAUGAAACUGAUGGACAAUGAAACAUCCCCUGAAAAUCACUUUGAAAAGAAAAUUAGGACGCACAGUUGCAGUAGCAUCCCUUAUGAUAAUAUAAUAGAAAAUUUGGCGCCUUUUAGAAAAAGGUUUUGUAAUGUUCAGCUUUUCUCUGAUAAAGAUGGAAAGCAGCAAAAAGAUGAAAAGGAUACCAUUUCUCAGAGAGCCGAAACCGACUCGGACGUGCAACGCAUCGUCGAGUCUCUUCUUAAUCAAGUUCUGGAUAUGGCCGUUGAUAUCAUUGAAAAAAAUCAAUUGUUAUCUGACUCAGAAACUACUGGACCACAGGGAGGUGGUAGCAAAACUGAAGUUACCGUCGAGGAUAUUCAAAAGGAAGAAGAAGAUUUUGAAUAUAAGUCGCGGAUCCGGUGUAACACCGGUGAUAUAUUAUCGGGGCUAUAUCCACCAAAAAUUACUCAUGCUCUAUCCAGCGACACCUUAAUCGAUGCCAAAAGUUUCGUGGAGGAUUACGAGGAAUACCAUGAUUCCUGCAGCGAAAUGCCAGACUCUGAUCUGGCUAUUAGUCAGAGAUUUUACUGGGAACCGUAUACUGAACAGGAUUGUCAGAUCAUGAACGAUCUUGGCGAUAACGUGGAGAAGGUUAUAGCCGAGAGGCAACGCUUGAAGCGCAAAAAAGACAAAUUUGUAAAGCAUGGCGGCGUCACCAGCCUGAUACCCAUUGAAACUGAUUCCAACGCUGAAGAUGACACCGACAUACAACAAAACGAUAUGAGAUUAUUAGAGUUAGGGGCCAAAUACAACAUCCCAAAAAACUUAUUCCAAAGUACCGAGAUGAAAGAGAUUACUGAACAGACUAUAGAUAGGCACGAUGAGAAUGCCGAGAGUAAUCUGGAAGCCGAACAACCUGUAGUCGUUAAUUUAAAAGAACGAGAAGGUAAAGAGGAUGAUGACGAUGUUUAUAGGCCAAUUGCGGUCAGUCCAGAUGGAAGGUUCUUUAAAUAUGAAGAGGAAAUUGGUCGUGGAUCGUUUAAAACUGUAUAUAGAGGCUUGGAUACUCAAACUGGAGUGGCAGUCGCAUGGUGUGAAUUACAAGAAAAAAAACUCAACAAAGCUGAACGGCAGAGAUUCAGGGAAGAAGCCGAGAUGUUGAAAAAACUGCAACACCCGAAUAUUGUAAGAUUCUACAAUUACUGGGAGAGUCCGGGGACUAGGAAGAAAAAUAUCGUGUUGGUAACGGAAUUGAUGCUUAGUGGAACCUUAAAGACCUAUUUGCGACGAUUCAAAAAAAUCAACCCCAAAGUUCUCAAAUCGUGGUGCAGACAGAUCCUAAAAGGUUUGGCAUUUCUUCACUCUCGGUCCCCGCCGAUUAUUCACAGGGACCUAAAAUGCGACAAUAUUUUCAUUACCGGUACGACCGGUUCAGUAAAGAUCGGAGAUUUGGGUUUGGCCACUUUAAAAAAUCGAAGUUUUGCGAAGUCUGUGAUAGGUACGCCCGAGUUUAUGGCGCCGGAAAUGUACGAGGAACAUUAUGACGAGGGCGUGGACGUUUACGCUUUUGGGAUGUGCAUGUUAGAGAUGGCCACUAGCGAGUACCCCUAUUCCGAGUGCAAUGGCCCAGCUCAAAUUUACAAAAAAGUUAUAUCGGGCAUUAAACCAGCUAGCUUUGAUAAGGUAGAAAAUCCAGAAAUCAAGGAUGUAAUCGAGAGUUGUAUAAGGCCAAAGAAGGAGGACAGGCCAAGAGUAAAAGAUCUGUUACAACACGCCUUUUUUGAAGAAGACGUUGGAUUAAAGGUGGAAGUAGUUUCACAAGAAGAGAAAAAGAUCGUGUUCAGAUUAAGAGUUAUAGACCCAAAGAAACGAACACAUAAACACAAAGAAAACGAAGCCAUUCAGUUUGAGUUUGAUAUAGAAACUGAUAAAUAUGACGCCAUCGCAGCAGAAAUGGCUAAAUCGGGCAUUAUAUUUGAAGAGGAUGCGAAAACUGUAGCCCAAUUGCUAAAAGCCCAAAUAGUGUUAAUAAAUAAGGAAAGAGAAAAGCAAGAGAAACAAAAUAAGGAGCAAGAAGCUUUGGCGCAGCAGUUGCAAUACCAACAAUUCUUACAACAGCAAGCUGAGCAACAACAGCUAAAUCAGCAACAGCAGUUAAGCCAGCAGCAACAACAACAAAUAAACCAGCAACAACAGCAACUCAACCAGCAACAACAACAACAAAUAAAUCAGCAACAAAGCAGUCAACAGUACCAGCAAUCUCAAUACCAACCACAACCGAAUCUCAUUCAGCAAGUGCAGCCGGAACAGCCUCAGUAUCAACAACCGGGCAUCGUACCUACGGAACAACAACAGCAACAGUACCAACAGCCUCAAGUACAGCCCAUGUCGACUGUGCAACCGGACCAGCAGCAGUACCAGCAACAGCCGACUGUUGUUCAGCAACAGCCCCCACCGGAGUUGCAACAUCAGUAUUCGCAGCAACAGCCUCCACCGGAACUGCAGCAUCAGUAUUCACAGCAACAACCCUCGCAGCAGCAGAUUCUGCAGCCGGAGGGUCAAAGUCAACAACAGCAAAACAUAAUAUACCAACAGACGCAGCCACAAAUCCAAAGUCAGCCGCAAAAUGUGCCAAUUCAAACCCAACCGGUUCAGCCUCAACAGCCCGCACCCGAUCAAACUCAGAUGCAGUCCUCGCCCAACGCGCAGGUGCAUAGGCAGUCCUCGGUAGAUCCUCAAAUACAGUCACAACCGAUCGUUCAUAAACAAACUGCGCCCACGCAGUUCGUUCAACAGAAUUAUGUCGCGGAAGGCGUUGCGCAACAUGCCGAAUAUCUACAGGUUGCUGGCACCCAGAGCCAAGAAAAUACAGCGCUCAAGUCAAUAUCGCAACCGGAGCUUUUACAUUCGGCUAAUCAUUCGGAACAGCACAGACUGAGCGUCGAUAGCCAAAUUGAAAUGCAACAACAACAGCCUCAAAACUACCAGCACCAACAAAACUAUAUUGCGCAACAGCCGAACUAUCAACCACCACCUGCGAAUCAAAAUUACCAGCCGGCAACGUAUCAAUCGCAGCAAAGUUAUCCGGAUCCGCAACAACAGCAGCAAUAUCAACAAUACCCGCAACCGGAUAUGAAUCAGCAACAACAACAGUUUGUGCAACAGCAGCAGCAACAACAACAACAAUAUCAGCAAUCUCAGCAUUAUCAGCAAUCUCAAAACUUCCAACCACAACAACAGAUUCCCUGUCCGCAACAACAGCCAGUAUAUAAUCAGCAGUUCAGUCAACAAUCUCAGCAAUCUUAUGCGACACCCCCGAUAGAACAACAACAAAACCAACCCCCUCAAUUUAUGCAGCAACAGAGUGUUGAUCAGCAAAUGUAUCAGCAACAAUAUAUGCAAACGCAAAAUCCUGCUCAAAAUCAAAGUUUACCACAGCAGCAACCUCUUGCUGCUUUGCCUUCGGUUCAAAUGCAACAGUUGCCCAGUCAGCCGCAACAACAGCAAAUUCCUGUGCAGCAACCGCAACAAAUUCCUAUACAACAGCCGCAACAAGUUCCCAUACAACAACCGCAGCAGAUGCCUGUCCAACAAUCGCAGCAGAUUCCUGUCCAACAGCCGCAGCAAGUUCCAAUGCAACAAUCGCAGCAAAUUCCAGUUCAGCAACCGCAGCAGCAAAUUCCGGUUCAGCAACCGCAGCAGCAAAUUCCGGUUCAGCAACCACAACAGCAAAUUCCUAUGCAACCGCAACAAAUUGCCGUGCAGCCACAGCAAGCGCCUUUGCAAGUUGGCGAUUUGGUCCAGGAAAUUGGACAAGUUCCGCAGGGGCAACAGUUGGGUCAUCGGUUAUCAACAACGGAUAUCCCGCCAAUGAACCUAGAACAACUACAACAAAAAUUAGCUGCUCAAAGUGUAAAAGAUCAACAUAGAGCCUCUACUACUUCAUUGCCCCCUAUGCCUACUUUUGAUCAAACAUUAGAACAUAGGAGGUCAUCGACCAUCUCCCAACCGUCUGGUCCUUUGGAAUAUAAUCAGUUACAGCAACAGAUUAUUGCCGAGGAGUUUUUACAUCAGGGUCAGAUAACAGAGGAUUCUUCUGCAAGAAAUGAGUCAGUGGCAGAUCAUGGAGGGCAAUUUAUUCAAGGUGAACCGGCUUUAAAUGCGGAACAGGGGUCAGGAAUGGCGAACCAGCAAACGAGUCCUGGACAUGUUCAGCAGAAUAUGGAUGAUCUUGAUUUGUCCGUGUCUGAACAGAGGGACGAAACGAGUUCUGGCUUACUCACUAGUAAAAUGGAUCAGAAUUCAAUUCAAGAUUUUCAAACGAUUAAAACUACAUUGGCCGAUACGCUAUAUCAGAACUUAAGGUACUGUAGAGAAAGUUUAAAUUCCAGCGGUACUGUUUCUAGAAAAACCAGUACUGCGUCGGAAUACACUCCCGAGCAUACUUAUAUAACCAACAAUAGCAAUACUAAGGGAGGGCAGUGUAAUCUGCAACACACUAAUGUAUGCUAUUCAAAGGAUAGUUGCGUGAUGGCACCCCAAGAAACUUCCACUGUUGUACCUCAGGAAGUAAUUGCCCCGGAACAAAAUAAAGAAGAUGCAAUAGAUCAUACAGAUGCUUUUAAAACUGAACUGGCAAACAGUUUAAUGCAUAAAGAUGCCCCUCCUCUUAUUCCGGGUCAGAAAGUGAACCUUAAAGUGUUUGUAAUGAGUGUGGAUAAUGAUCAGAAAAAACCUAAUGAAACGCAAGAAGAGAGUUUAAAUAAAAAUAUCUCUAACGAAGCUGAAGGUCUACAAACCACAAACCCCACAGAGCGAGUAAUCCCAAUUAAUCUUGAAGGAGAAGGUAAAGAGCAAAAACCAGAAGCGAGCCUUCCAAAAUCGCCCCAAAGAAAGAUCUCUAGAUUUUUGGUUAGUCCCGUGUUGAGUGGCCAGUUGGAUAUGCCCAAAGACAAAGAUUUUAGUGUUGAGGAGAGUUUACAGAAAAGUCCAGCGGAGAAUGUAAGCACAACUGCACCACAUCCACCGCAAGAAACUCAAGAAUCUCAUGCAGCGCAACCUCCAAAAACCCAACCAGUGUUGGAUCAACCGACGAUUCAACAAAUCCCGACGCAACCAGUCAUUUCGCAAUCACUAGGGGCCGCUAAUCAAAAUCACGUUUCUUCUGGAGCUCAAAUGGUGGGUCAACCAGAUACGGUUUCUCCGCCGAUAAGUUCAGGAGCAUCUGUUCCGAUGAGGAAAACUUCAGCACCUUUAGAAAACACCCGUCUUGAUACUGAAAAACCAUUGGAACAGAAGAUAAGCGUCAGCAGUUUGAAGGAGGAAGGUACUAAAUCGGAAACUGGUCAAGUUUGCGGACCCGAACUAAUCAAUACCAUCGAGCAACUUAAAAUAAGCUUAGACAACCUAAAGAAUAGCAGUCAUCCAAAGAAGGAAGAAGACGCCAAGAAAGUAGGGAGUAAUGUGGAGGUUCCCGUAACGAAACCAUCUUCUACCGCCCAGCCCCAGUCGGGAUACGUACCUCCGCCACAGACUCCCGCAACUGGGGCACCUCAACAGCAACCACAAUUCAUUCCGACUCCGAUGCCAACUCUACCCACGAUUCCUUCACAACAGCCUUUACAACAAUCUGCGCCACCGUUAGUCCCUGCCACGAUAACUACCUCUGUGCCAGCCCAACCAGGUCAAACGCCUCCUGUGUUACAGCAGCCACAGGUUUCCAUUCCAACACAAGCCCUACCUACCAUGACAAACGGUCCGCUACCAAACAACGCUCAACCCCAAUAUGUGACCCCACCGAUCCAAACUGUACAACAGCAACCCCAAUUUUCUCAGGCUGCGCCGAUCCAAUCUGCUCCUCAACAGCCACCAAUUCAAACUGCUUCCCAACAACAGGGAAAUACUGCGAUAUACGGUCAACCGCAACAUACCAUUCAACAAAGCGUAGUGGGUCAACCAACGGUUGUUGCUCCUCAGCCACAUAUAAACAGUGGAGUGGUGACAUCGCAAUGUGUAGUGCCGAGCAGUCACGUGGUCACUUCUGCUGCAGACUCCAUGGUUGCUGCUGCGACCGUGCAUACGCAGCCUAUUCCAGCUGUUACGGGACAGCCUGGAUACGUAUCUAUGGGCGGGAUCGGUGGACAGUAUCCGACGGCUGGACAUCAGCAAUUGCCAUCCAACAUAGCGCUGACAGGAAAUGUGGUCAGUCAUCCGCCACCGGUAUGUCAGCCCGCUACUGCACCGGUCACUCAUAUGACGUAUCAAGCGACACCUGUGGUGCAGCAACAAGGGCCCGUUCAGCAACAGACGCAGCCGCUACAAACGGUGACGUCGCCGCAGCAGCAACAACAGCAACAAAUGAUGAUGCCAAAUAUGGUGCCAACAAAUCAACCUAACGAAGUGGUUUAUCAGCAACAACAGAUUUAUGCACAACCACCACCGUUGGCCGCUUCUGGAUCCUUACAAAACAUUACCGCGCCAGUGCAGCCAGUUACACAAGUUCCUGCGCAGCAAAAUAUCGUAACAGGAGCUGGAUAUCAGCAGUCAGAAGACAUGCAAGGGUACACCAAUAAAUUGAUUCACGAUCUUAAGCAUGGAUUGGAAAACGGUUCGAAUAGGAACAGCCAAGCGUCAACUCCGCAACAGGAGAUGUACGAUUUCAACUUUCAAAGGAAUCUCCAACAAAGAUUAUCGAAUAUCGGGCCUUCACCUGGGCAGUACGUGCCAAAUACAACUGCACCAUCUAGCCCUCAUGGUUUAGUUACUUCUUUAGAAUUUCCCCAAGUUUCAGGUGGGCCAGCUAUAGAAGCCAACCUUAAUAAGCUUCGCGUAGAGUCCACUAGUGGUUCAGGUAGCGGAGCAGCUACUUCCGAAAUCCUUUCGCCAGUUUUAGAAUUAGAUCAGCACCAGUCGUACGCAGCUCCCACGGGAUCACAGAGUGUACCUGCUACUAUACACUCUACCAACCUAGACUCCAAAAUAAAGGAUCUAAACGACCUUAACGAUCAGUUGAAAAAGAUAAAUGAGAAACAGCAUGCGGAAAAAUCGGUUUUACCAGAAAAUCCAGUACAAGCACAACAAAAGGUCCUUGAAAAUAAAACCCUGGAAGCCAUCGAGGAAGUGAAACGAGAACUUAAGCUGGAAUUGGAGAAGUUACAUGAAUCGGGCACUUCAAUUACUCAAAGUUUGCAAGAAACGACUCCCGAAGCAUCCGCGUCAAUUCCAUCACGUGAACGACGUGUAUCUCGAUUUAAAGUCAGUGUGGUAACCGAGCCGGACCGCAGUAAAUUAACUCCACCAAGCGGCUCGGAUUCCAAGUUAACAUUUACGGAACCGACGCGCAAGGAAAGCGAUUCCUCUUCUUGUGGGGAUCCGAUAUCUAAUCCAAACCUGCCAAGUCAACUCGGUCCAGUGUCUUCAGUACCCGCGAGUGCUGUCGGUCAAGUCUCAACUGGAGCAGCUGUAGGAACACCUGGAACGGUUCAGCAACAGUUAAUGCCCGGAUCGAUGGGACAAAAUGUUGCUCAAGGGGGAGGAGGACCAUCUGGACAUGAUUUUACAACAGUAAUCAAUACGACUUUUGAUUCUUUGAAGACUACUCUUGUCAGGUCGUUGCCUAAUACCGGCGAGGACAUUCCCACUGAAGAGGUCUCACAAAUAAGGCAGUUUAUCACCGAUAGCAACACCUCUCAAAUUGGUACUGACACCAUCAUAAUACCCACAUCCACCAUUCCGUUUGACAACCUCAUCUCGACUCCUUUAGAAAAAUCUUUAAGUUACAUUGAUCUUAAAAAACAAAUAGAGAAUAUUAUGCCAAUUUCCAAGAGCGAUGAGGAAAAUGUUCGUAGAAUGUCUUUGGGAGCCCGAAGACCCUCAAAAACUUUCAGACAAUUUCCUCAAAUCGUUGUAAUACCGGCCGAGAAUGAAGUAUUGACUAGUAGCAUGCCAGAUAUUCGUAAAUCCAUUGAGGAGCUUAAUCUGACACCCAGAAAACUAUCCAUUACAUUAAAUAACGUAUGCGAUAAAAACGUAUCUUGUCCUGAUCUUACUGAUCCAAAAAUAUAUAAAGUGCCUGAAAUAUUUAGUCCCAAAUUGAGAAAAAACAGCAGUCAAUAUGUUUUGAAAAGCCCAGUUAAAACAAAUAUCAAUCUUAAGCGAAAACAUCGAGUUGAUACCCCCACCGAGGUAAUAAAAAGGAACUGGAAAGUAAAACAUACCAAAUCGAUGCACAAUUUAAUUAAAAAAUCCCCAAAGCCAAAGAUUAUUGAGCAGAAUUAUUAUACAGUUCACUCCGCAGAUCAGUUUUCUCGAGAUUCGGGGAUCAAUUUGAGUAGAAACAAGUUUUAUAACUCUGACGAACGUUUGUUUUGUUCAAACCAUGACGAAAAUAGACCUAGGUCGUGUCAAUAUCAAAACGAACAUUAUUUCAUGCGAAAUAUUUACGGAGAUAAUAGACACCUUGAUCGAUGCAAUACAUCUUUACACCACCGCAGCUUUUCCUAUCAAAAUGUCUCCUCUUUUGAUUCAUAUGGUCUUUAUAAUAACCGUGUUUACCGCCCCGAACCAUCAUAUUGCGAGUCGGCCAAUUGCAGUAUGCCUGCGUUAAGGUGUGAUGAGCGCGCCCAUGGGUGCCAUUGGAUGCGCCCAGCGUACGUAGAAAGAAGCUGUUUUAAAAGUUCCGAGAGGUCUGGUUACCCGAGAUAUGACAAAAAACGACCUGUGCCAAUUGAGGAGUAUUUGGAGUCGUACUUUGACGAUGAGACGGAAGAAACCUUUGAAGAGAUGCUAAACAGACAAAAGGCAGAACUGAACGCACUGAUGGAAGCUCAUAGAAGACAACAAUUAGAGUAUAUGGGAAAGUACAAGCGACAGAAAGACCGAGGUGAUACCUAGUGUUAAAACUACGUUUCAUCCCUACAGGGAUUUUAAAGAAGGUGCGAGUAAAAUGGAGCGAUAACAAAGAAAAUAUGAUGACUAGUGAAAAAUUUGUGAGAAUGAAGGCUGUAUAACCAUAAUUAUUGUUUAUAUUGUAUAAUAUUGAUUUAAAAUGUCUAGUUUAUUAAUUAUAAUAUUGCUAAUAAUUUAUUUUUAAUAUUCUCCUGUUAUUCUAGUUUAUUGUUUUAUUAUCGCAAAGAGAAUGAGUAAAAUCUUACGUUAGGCAUUA